AUUUUCUACAUGGCAGCCCUAAUUUGACAGUCAAGUCCAUAGAUUAUACACUUAAUAUAGUCAAGUCGGAACAACAUUACAUUGCCUUGGUUUGUAUUAUUAAUAACAGUUGCAAAUGGCAAUAGCAAUGCUCUGAAAGCGUUGAGACGGUUUCAUAACAUAUUUGAAUAACAGUUCUAAAAUUGUGUGAAAUAAUUUGGUAUGUGUAUUGAAAACCGUGGUCGGCGUUAUAUUAUGUGAAGUAGACCAGUGCUUUUAAUAUUUUCAACAUGAACUACAUUAACUUUUUAUGGUUAUUCGGUUUGUGUACCGUUCAUGCAACGACGAUUGCCACACACUGGAUGGUUACUGAAACAGGACUGAUACAACCUCGAGCUGACUCUCCAUUCAUAAUGGAACAUCCCAAUGAUCUAUUAGCAUUCUUAAAUCAAGACACGAGAUGGGAUAACAUCCACAACCUGUAUUAUGAUUUAUAUAACCGCCAACAAAUCAUUGAUCAGCUUUGGCUUGACAUUGAAAAGGGUACUGAAGUGACAACUAUACUCACUUCCAAUCAACACUGUGUUAGAGUGGGACAGCUGAAUAUUAUAGAUUGGUAUACAUCAUUCUUAGAAGAUGGCAAAUCGAAAGGAGUACCCGAUGAGGAUUUUUUACUUAGAGAGACUGAUUAUGGAGAUACCGAUGUACCUGAUUGUAAAAAGAUAUCUUCAUUGACAUUUAGCAUGUUUGCCUUUGAGCAUUUAGAGGGUUUGAAUCAAAGAGAGAAUUUAUCAAUUGAUCCUGAACUGUCACUCCCAGAACAAAUAACUCCCAUUAUGACUGUUGAUCCAUUUGGUCACUGGCUUGCAGCAAUGCUAAGGCGGAAUAACUCUUCCUGGCUUCAUUAUAACAUGGCUUCUCUAUAUUGGAGAGUAAAAGGAAAUGCACCUAAAGCUAUGGAGUGCAGCAGAAGAGCUGUUCAUUACGCUCCUAGAAAGUAUAAAGACAUAGCUUUAUUGAGCAUGGGUACAAUACUUCACCGCAGCAAAAGAACCGAAGAUGCUAUAGUAGUUCUCAGAGCAGCUACUGAUCACGAUCCGACAUUCACAUACAAUCAUUUCUCUCUAGCCAAUGCCUAUGCUGUGUUCGGUGACUUCAAUAGUUCUUUAAAACAUUUCGCUGAGUGUCUCAAACUGAAUCCUACUUUUGAAUUGGCAGUGCGACAUAAAAUUGCAGUUUUAUGUCACCUUUAUGUGUCUGAUACAAUUGAAGAGUUAAAGGAAACCCUACAAAAACUGCGCCAAGAGCUAAUAGAAUAUGCAAGAAGAGAGAGUGAAUGGCUAAAAAGUCAAGCUGCGUUUUUGAGGACAAUGAAACAUGAAGAAGAAUUUGAUUACCGAAAUAUAGACAAUAAUUGUAAAAAGAUGACCAAUAUAACUGGUUUAAAAAUAAAAGAACUGAAACUACAAGGAGACAGAAACUCAUUGCUCCAAUAUUUCUUGGACAGUCCGAUGUACAACGAUCAAUGGUUGAAGGAGAAAGGUGUACUCGCAAUAGAAUCGGCCGGGAAUCUCCAGAAACUGGUCAAACACAUCCGGCAGAAUUCUCCGAAGGAAGCAACACUGAAAAUCCGACCAGAGAAACUGAAAGUAGCUGAAGUGGAAGUAUUAAAAGAGAUUGGUCCAACACCAAUAUUCCCUGAUAUUUAUACAGAUAUGAAAGAAAAAACAUUGAUUGAAGUUUUGGCUGCGGCAGAAUUUCGAAAGAACAACGAAAGAAAACCAGGUCAGAAUAAAAAAGAAAGUGAAACUUCUCCAUUCGAAACCGGUGUAAUGAUGUAUCCGCCUACAAUAAAAAUCAAUAGGAAUCAUCAAGAUUUCGACGUCGACGCUGAUUGGCCCUCAACGGAUUUUUGUAAAGAGAAUUCUCCAAACUUCCCCGAGAAUCUUGAGGCUAUAUAUCCGACGUUCAUGCCCUUUGAAAAUAAAGGAAUCAGGCUGAUGGCUCUAUUGACGGAUAUGAUAGGAGUUCCGGCCUCCGUCGAGCAUGAGCUGCCUUGGCACCCCCCCACCUGCCCGCCGGAUAAGGAUAUCACACUAUUCACACAAAAGAAAGUCAAGCCUCAGUUCUCGAGCGAGGUGGCCGGCGUGGGCCCGCUGCGCCGCAAGCUGCACGAGUACGUCGCGGACGGAGACCUCGCCGCCGCGCAGCGCAUGCAGGACGCGGAGAUCGGACAGAGGAUAUACGCGGCCAUGCAGAAGAAACUAGCGCCGAAAUGGAUCCUGUACACGUUGUCGUCGCUGUACUGGCGCGUGCGAAGCAACAAUAUAAACGCUUUACACUGCCUUCUCAACGCCGGCAGGACUGUCGAAAAUAAAUACAGAGAUAUAGUGUUGACUUCAGUAGCGUCGAUAUAUCUGGAGAUGGGGUACUUCGACGAGGCCUUCACCGUUGCCGAAGAAGCGUUCAGACUGAGUCUGUUUGAGCCAGCAACAAACUUUAUACUGGCAGAACUGAAUAUGAUUAAUAAACAUCGGAAGACGCAUUUGAUUCACUUGAAGCAAGUUUUAAGAGUAGAACCCUCUUUUAUGGGAGGAAUCGUUCGGAAACUUUUGAUCGGAUGGGCUUGUAUACUAAAGCAAGUUAACACUGUGAACGAAGUGGAACUCGAGGAGGGUGAGGUUUGUUCUCGGGUCGAGACGGGAACGAACAUGGUCUGCGAAAAGGACGGCUCCAACUGUCAAAUGUCCAACGUUAAAUGCUUUAGUAGCCGUGAACGCGAGAGUGGGGGCGGCGCUAUGGUUAGAAUGUUAGAGCUAAAAGACGAAAACUCACAACGACCCGAUGUCGAACGCAUAGAGUCGGAUGUGUUCGAUCACGUGAUAAGGAACAUGCCCGCCGAGUCCUCCGAUAAGGUGGCCCAUUUAAAAAACUACGACGCCAUGCUGAGGACCAUGGACAAAUCAUUGAACGUCUGCGGGAAGGAUGGAUGUUAUUCUGAAAUCCAACUCGACAAUAUAUUAUUAGAAGAAGAGGACUGUUCAAAUCAACAUUUGCAAUUGAGCUAUUGGUUGCACGUCAGUUUUAGACAGAUGCUAAGCGAAGCCGAUCUCGGGCUCGUGCAAGAGAUAACAGCGACUCCGCCGGCCGGAAGAAAAGUUCCCGAUUGCAGAGCGCCCACUGUACAGGACUUCUUCAUCGACCGCAUGAUAACCGUAGACACGGCCGGUUGGGAACCGGUGUUCAGUCUAAUGCACCAGCUCGCCGAGAUGUUCAAUUUCUACGAUUAUACGACGCUCGGAUCCAAAAUCGCCAAAUACGUUGAAUCUCACCCGAGCUCGUGGUCGGCAUUGAUGUGGGCGGGGUGGUGGUGCGGGGCGGGGGGCCGCGGGCCGUGCGCCGCGCGCUGCCUGUGCGCCGCGCAUGCGCACGCGCCCGCGCACGCACACACGUACGCGCUCUCCGGGCUCGUCGCUCUGCUGCACAUGCAAUCGAAACAAAAGGACGCUAAAGAUAUAUCGUAUCUGGCUUUGUACUCUUCGCCUAAAAGUAAAAAUGAAGCGUUUUUGGUGGCCUUGUCUCAUACUUUACUGGUCGAGUACGACAGAGCGAUAUGGAUGUACCGGUACGCCCUCUCAUUCGACGACAAAUUCCUUCCGGCGAGCGCGUGUCUGCACGCCACCAUGUGCCUCAUGAUAUUCGGCGACGCCAAACAACGGAACAAGGAAAACUGAACCCUAUCGCUCACAUCCUAAGUUAUAUAAUGUAUUUAUCGACGUUUUACUACUUACCACUUUACUACCUACUUUACCUCUACGAAACAUAAUUCGAUCUUUAAUGUUUGAGAUAUUAUGUGACUCACAUGAAAUCAUUGUUAGGUGUCUGAAUCUGUGUUAAAUCUGUGACAUUUACAAAACAGACCGGUUCGUUUGAGACGGGAUAUCGAGACAUAUGUUUAUUAAACUAACAAUUACCGGACAAAUGCAUUGAAAGAAAUUAUUAAUUUUAUAUUUAUGUAUGUGUAUUGCUAUUGACAUUCAUUGAUAAAUUUCCCGUCUUUUUUUUAAAUGGCAACACUGAAUCGUUAACAUUCUAAAAAAAAAUUCGACGCAGGUUAACAAAUAAAAAUUGGCUGUUUAUUGAUGGCCAAUUCACAAAUUUACAUUGUAUUUUGACAGAAUCGAUUUUCCUGUACCCAGCCUAACCAGAUUAACUGUAAAUCAAAAUGAAAUAUAACUAAAAAAUAUAUUUAGAGCGUACAUAAUCUCUUGAACUUUUAAAUAUGUAUUUAUGUCGUAUUCAUUAUUAUGGAAUUAGGAUAUGACAUUAUACCAUUCCAUGAUUCAUUAUUAUGAAAUUAGGAUAUGACAUAAUUAUACCAUUCCAUGUUUUUUCCGAACCUCGCCGUGUUUGUUCGUAGCACAGUCUAUUUAAAUGAAUUGUUUACAUAAAAAUGUGAUUUGAUAUUUGCAAAGAGGUGUCCCUCUGGGUGCUGGAAUUACAGUGUAUCAGUGUGACAAGGAUAUAAUUGAAUGUGGGUAACACUUGUCAUGUGACUUACUGGUAAAAUUACUGGUGGUAGGACGUCUUGUGAGUCCGCGCGGGUAGGUACCACCACCCCGCCUAUUUCUGCCGUGAAGCAGGUAAAUUAAUUCAGUUAUUAAUUCAGUGUUAAAAAUUUCAAGGGAAUGCUUUAACAGCGUGCUCUGGUUGGGGAUAUUGGGCCAAAAUAAUAAAUUUAUUGGAUUUUUCAUCAAUCCUUGAUACGUGUGUAAAUCUUUAGUCGCAUUACUGCUUCAAGGCAGAAAUAGGCACGGCGGUGGUACCUACCCGUUCGGACUCACAAGAGGUCCUACGCACCAGUAAUUAAGCAAAUUAUAAUUUUGUGGCUUUGAUUUUUAUUACACGAUGUUAUUCCUUCACCGUGCAAGUCAAACGUGAAUAUUUGUUGAGUACGUAUUUCAUUAGAAAAAUUGGUACCCGCCUGCGGGGUUCGAACAUCGUUGCAUCGCUUCAACACGAAUGCACCGGACGUCUUAUCCUUGAGGCCACGACGACUUCGUUUACAUUUUUUGUGCACUUGUAUAUUUAUUUCAUUUACUAAUUUAUUGGUAGGUAGUAAAAAUGCAAAAACUAAGAAAUUGUAACUAUAUUCUGUGAACUAGAUUGUGUUGUAAUUACAACUUAAAUUAUUGCUUCAUUUAUGAUUUGAUUGUAAGCUUUUCAUCACGACCCCUCAUUGGUUUUAUACAUAUACAUAUAUAAAUGAUAAACAAAAUCUUUUACCGCAUUUAUUAUUAGAGAACGAUCAAAAACCUCUAGUCUUAUAACUUUCAAUUAUGAACAAAUAAAGACGUAUAUGUAUAUAAUGUACGGGUCAAACUUAAAUGCGAUUCAAUAUGUCGCGGAUAUAAAUUUACGGGAUACAAUUUAUCAGCAAAUUGAUGAUAAUUAAUACUAAUUUUACAGUUUAAUCUUGCGUUAACUGCUUUAGUUUUUUCGACAUUUCGUCUUAAUUAUUUACAGUUUUCGUGGACGUGGACGAAAUAAUAUUAAAUAAUAUUUAAAAAAAAAAAACAAUUUCUUUUUUUGUGAUACACAUAUUAAGUGUCAUUCCCCAGACGCGAUCUGUUUCAAUUUACGCAAUCUUAUGGCGGACGCAUGCCCUUACUUAUUAUACCUUUAAAUUACCACGAAAUUGCUUUCGAGCAAUUCACGUCUUCUUAAAUUCUUACCUACCACAAAAAACUGAAAUGAAAAAUUUGAUUGUGAGAUUCAAAAAUACCGGACUACAUUCGAUUUUUUAAAUUUCAGCCUUAACGAAACUGGUACUUUUUCCUUUUUCCUGCCUAUGCUGAUAGCCUUGAGAGGCUAUUUCAGCUUCUUGACGUAUAGGUGAGCUCACGGGGCUCAAACCGGAGUGUUGCUAACACUGGCCUUAGCAAGGGCAGUGCUUUGCAGAAUUUAACAACCGGAUCGGAAACACGACCCAUUGAGAAGAUCCAGCGAGAAACUCAGUGGGCUGUGUCUAUGGGUUUAAUUUACUCGUCGAGCCAUUCGUCGCAAGCGACGGGUUCGGCGAGGACGGUGCCCGGUGCUUGAGGUACCUAAAAGCACCGUUAAUGGAUUUGGGAGGAUCCGUAAUGACGAGCUUAGGGCGAACUGCUAUACAAUCUAGAUUUAAACAUAUAAUUCUACAGUAAAUUAAAGUACUCAAUUGGUAUGUAACCUACGCUUGCAGUGAAAUGUGCAUUGGAAUUUAGUCAUCACAUGCUUGUAUUUAAAGUUUGUUUCCGAUUGCAUGAAGUCAGUUCUCCCCUACCCGAUAUCGCCUUAAGGAACAUAGCUCUAGAAAAAUACGAAAAGUCUACGAAGAGCGUGUUUAUUAGUUCAAUUUGAAAUGAAAGCGUGUUAAUGGUAUUUGCUCAUUGAUAGCAAUGUUGCUGUAACGUUUUUUGUCGAUUUCAAAUAAAUGUCGAAUAUGAUGUCAAAUAAACGUACAGAUGGA